CACUAACACUGCCGACGUCAUCUUCCUACCAGUGACUGCUGUUAUUAAGAUGGCGCUGCGGCCAGGAUCUGGGGGAGGCGGCAGUUUUAUGUAUUCUGUUGGAGGCGGCCUGGGACAGCCACAAGGCAUGGUACCCAUGCAGCAACAACAGCAGCAGCAGCAGCAGCAGCAGCAACAGCAGGGCUUCCCUAUGGUUCCGGUCAUGCAGCCAAACAUGCAGGGAAUGAUGGGAAUGAACUUUGGGGGGCAGAUGCCCCCAGGAGCCAUGGCCAUGCAGGGUGGGAUGGCUAUUGGGAUGCAGACCCCUGGGAUGCAGUUCUUGGGUCAGCCACAGUUUAUGAGUAUGAGACCUGCUGGACCCCAGUACACCGCGGACAUGCAGAAACAAAUGGCCGAGGAGCACCAAAAACGUCUGGAACAGCAGCAGAAGAUGCUGGAAGAGGAGAGGAAAAAAAGACAAUUUGAGGAGCAGAAACAGAAGCUGAGACUGCUCAGCAAUGUCAAACCCAAGACAGGGGAGAAAAGCCGUGAUGAUGCCUUGGAGGCAAUCAAAGGCAACCUGGAUGGCUUCAGCAGAGAUGCGAAGAUGCAUCCCACUCCAUCAUCACAGACCAAAAAGCCAGACUCAUCGCCACCACACCUGUCUGUCAACACUCACUCCCUUACCCCAGAUUUGUCCGAGGACAAUGAUGAGUUUAGUGACUUUCAGGGGCCUGUAGACGCCCCUGCCUCCUUCCCUCCGCCCGCCUCCAUUUCCUCCACCUUCGGCCUCUCCUCUCAGGCCCUCGGCCAGCCUUUGUCCUCUGCCCCCAAGACAGGUUUUCCUCAGGACAAUGACGAGUUUAGUGAAUUUGUUCAGGGCCCUCUCAAUGAUUUCCCUGUCUCCAACCUCCACCUCUCCUCUCAGACCCAAGUCCAACCUUCAUCCCCUUCCCUGAAGGGAGGUCUGUCCUCCUCCUCCUCCCUUCCUCAGUCCCUCCCUGCCUCUGUGUCCGUUCCCACUGUCACCCAACACUCUGCUGUCAACACCAGCACCCACUCUACAUUUCAAGGCCCGUCCCUGGAACAGAAGCUAUUCUCCUCAUGUGAUCUUACUGCUGAUACGAUGGCACAGGUUAGCUUUAAAUCCAAGCAGAGUUUGGCUACAAUGGGCCCUAGAACCAAAGUUUCCGCCCAGUUUCACUCCAGCACUAAAGCGAGGAACUGGGCUGCUGCCCCUGAGGACUUGAAUUCUGUCUUCGUCGCAGAAAAGCUACCUGGUGUCCCGGUGUCAGCACCCAGCGUCCCCCCAUCAGCUGCUGACUCGUCUCCUCAAAGCAGUAGUGACAGCGGUGUUGGUGUGUACCCGCAACAAGAGCACAUUCAGCCCAUGCUGCCAGCCUGGGUUUACAAUGAGAGCCACAUCCCAGAAAUGUUCAAGAAGGUUCUUGAAUUCACCAUGACUCCGGCAGGGAUAGACACAGCCAAGCUCUGCCAUAUACUAAUGUCAUCAGGUCUUCCCAGGGAAGCAUUGGGGCAAAUCUGGGCUUCAGCCAACCGCACAACACCUGGCAUGCUGACCAAGGAGGAGCUCUACACUGUACUUGCACUUAUUGGUGUGGCACAGAGUGGCCUCCCAGCAAUGAAUGUGGAAAUCCUCAAUCAGUUCCCUUCUCCACCAGUGCCCAACCUGCCGGCCCUGGCUAUGGCCAUGGCCCCAGUCAUGCACCAGCAGCCCAUGAUGACCAAGCCCUCGGUUUCAAUGGCCAUGGCCAUGCCCACAGCAGCACCACCACCAGUCAUGGCCAUGACACCCAUGACUCAAGCAUCCACAAACACUAACUUCAUCGCCAGUUUCCCUCCUGCACUGGGGAGCAAAGCUGAUGACGAUGACUUCCAGGACUUCCAGGAAGCUCCAAAGGCAGGAGCAGGAGACCAGGCCUUCACUGAGUUCCAGGGGGAGUCAGGUGGAAGUUUCCCCGCCACCAUCACACCUCAGCACCAAAACAGUGCACCUGCCAUGCUGACUCCAGUGUCUGGUUCCUCGUCGGCCUCUGUUACGUCCUCUGAUAAGUACGCUGUCUUCAAGCAGCUGUCAGUGGAUCAACCUGCAGAGCCUCUACCCCCUGCCUCAGAUACUGGCGACAAAUACAGUGUGUUCAGACAGCUGGAGCAACCUGCUGACAAAAAACCAGUCGGGGAAGGAUUUGCAGAUUUCAAGUCUGUCAGCGCUGAUGAUGGCUUCACAGACUUUAAAACCGCCGACAGCAUCUCUCCAUUAGACCCUUCAGACCAGGCCAAGAUCUUCCAACCUGCCUUCCCUUCUGCUUUCCCAACCUCUCAGUCUUUACAACAGCUACCGCAGCAGCAGCAACAGCCACCAGUGUCUCUUUCUCAGCCCAAAAACCUUCUCAACAUGGCCGACCUGGACCUUUUCUCGUCUAUAGCUCCCCCUGUUCCUCUCCCCACUGAUACAAAACCCAGCACAUUCCCCUCAGUGUCUGUCCCCCCCUCUUUAGUGCUUCUCCCAGGUGGAGCCAAAACACGUGGGGGAGGUGCAGAUGAUUUUGGUGAUUUUGCCCUCUUUGGCUCAUCCUCUGAUGCUGCUCAAGCUUCAGCAGCAGGAGGUGUGGCAGCGACUCAGGACGACUUUGCAGACUUCAUGGCGUUUGGCAGUACUGGCGGGCAGCCUAAAGGCGAGAGCAGCAGUGUGGGGGUCCAAGGGGAGAUCUCCACUCAGCAGCGGUCUCAACAGAGCUCAGACAAGUACGACGUAUUCAAGCAGCUGUCCCUGGAGGGUGGCUUGGCGUACGAUGAUUCUAAGGAGAGUGGCGGUGGCUCUUUCUCUUCUCUCAAGAGUGACACAGAUGACUUUGCCGACUUUCAGUCCUCUAAGUUCUGCACAGCACUCGGGGCUUCGGAAAAGACUCUGGUGGACAAGGUGGCCGCUUUCAAACAGGCCAAAGAGGACUCUGCCUCUGUCAAGUCCCUCGACCUCCCGUCCAUCGGGGGGAGCAGCGUUGGAAAAGACGAUUCCGAGGACGCGCUAUCAGUGCAGCUUGACAUGAAGCUCUCGGACAUGGGUGGAGACCUGAAACAUGUGAUGUCGGACAGCUCUCUGGAUUUGCCAGGUCUCUCGGCCCACCAGCCCCCCGCUACAGAAGCAGACGACAUGAAAUUUGACCCCUUUGGGACGUCGGCCCUCAGCACACUGGCCAGCUAUGACUGGUCAGACCGGGAGGAAUGUCUGCCCGGUGAGGUCAGAAAGCCGCAGGGCUGCGAAGGGACUUCCCUUCCAUCUUUAGUGCCAGCACAGAGGAAGGAGCUGACCUUUGGCAGCACCGAAAACAUCACAAGCAGCUCCCUAGAAAAGAUCACAACCUCCUUCCCCGCAGAGGAUGGCUCAUCUGCAGAUGACAAGUUUGAAGCCUUUGCGGAUUUUGGCUCCUGCGAUCAUGGAGGUGUUGAUGCCGAGGAUGACUUUGGGGACUUUGCAAGUACGGUUUCUGAAAAGUCUGACUCGCCUGCCGUUGAUGGCGUCUCCGAGGGAAACCAAAGUGAGGCGUCUGAUGAGUUUGGAGCCUUCCAGGCGGACAAGCCUAAGUUUGGCAAGUCUGACUUUCUCAAAGCCAGCACUCAGACCAAAGUCAAGUCUAGUGAAGAGAUGAUCAAGAACGAACUAGCCACCUUUGACUUGUGUGUUCAAGGCUCCCACAAACGCAGUCACAGUUUAGGCGACAAGGAGAUUGGGCGUUCGCCCCCAUCUCCAGCUCCGGAGCAGCCCUUCAGAGACCGAUCCAACACCCUGAGCGAGAAGCCCGCCCUGCCUGUCAUCAGGGACAAGUAUAAGGACCUGACUGGGGAGGUGGAGGAGAGCGAGCGCUACGCAUACGAGUGGCAGAGGUGUCUGGAAAGUGCUCUGGAGGUCAUCAACAAAGCCAACAACAUCCUGAAUGGCAUCAGCAGCUCCUCCGUAUGCACCGAGGUCAUCCAGUCGGCUCAGGGCAUGGAGUACUUGCUGGGCGUGGUGGAAGUUUAUCGUGUCACCAGGCGCGUGGAGCUGGGCAUCAAGGCGACAGCCGUGUGCUCUGAGAAGCUGCAGCAGCUGCUGAAGGACAUCAGCCGUGUGUGGAACAACCUCAUGGGCUUCAUGUCGCUUGCCAAGCUCGCUCCUGAUGAAAGCUCCCUCGAUUUCUCUUCCUGUAUUCUGAGGCACGGCAUAAAGAAUGCCAAGGAAUUGGCUUGUGGGGUGUGUCUGCUCAAUGUUGAUUCUCGCAGCAAGAACAAAGAAGAAAGCACUAUUGGACGUCUCUUUAAACGAGCAUUGACUAAAGACAAUGACAGGAGGUUAAGGGCAUUCAACUCGGAGACGGACAACUUCAAGCUGCUUUACGGGGGUCACCAGUAUCACGCCAGCUGUGCCAAUUUCUGGAUUAACUGCGUGGAGCCCAAACCCCCCGGCCUCAUACUGCCUGACCUGCUCUGAGCUCUGGGCUGUGGCUGCCAUGGCAACGGGGCACAGGCUAAUCAACAUAACACAUCCACAGAUAGGUGAAGUGCGACGCACUGCUCACUGCACGGACUCUCAGCUUGGACUAAGAGAAGGAUGUUUAUAGUCACUGGAUUCCUCUAUUUAUUUUUUUGUUCUGUAAUAUCUCUUAUCACAACUCAACUGUCACUCACAUCUGCUAGUUUGUUUAAAUUUCAAGCUUUCGUAUAAAUAUUUACCAUCUAUGGUGUUAUUGUUACCCUUAGGUCAGCUGUAUUGGUCAUAUUUAAAUCCAUUACUAGUGAGGUUUUUAAGAGAUGAUUUCCACUGCAGAAAAAGUCAAUAUUAUUAAUGAUAUGACUCAUAUUUAAAUUAUUAGGCGUGCAAUAUCAUUAUAAACACUGGAAGAGGAAGUCUGUAAACAUCUUGAAAUAUUUGUUGCUUUGCUUCUGUGUGAGAGGAUUUUUUAUUCAUGACUCCCUUUGUUCCCACUGAACCAUAGCUGGUGAAUCAUAAGCCUAUUAGUGUACUUGAAUUACCUUUGUUGGUCGGGUCUGUUUUGGUUUUAAAAUGAAAUCUUUAACAUGCAAAUGAGGCAGGUGUUUUAACUUUUCCUGAAUUGUGUUGAUUUGACUGCUUUAAAAAAAAUCCAUUCCUUUUUUGCACUGUUAAGGAGAUUACAGCAUCUUGGAGCAUUUUGAGUAUUUCGUAGGGGUAAAAAGUUAUGAUCUGGUGACCUAAAGGGAACCAUGUUACCAAAUGUGUUUUUGUGAUUUGGUGUUUUGUGCAACAAGAGCUGAAUGUCUGCAAGAAGUUGUCUGAUUCUGAACUAAAAUGACAGAGCACUUUUUGUAUAUUACAGUGUCAUGCUGUACCACUGUAAUUAUAACUAACUGUAAUGUAAUUGCAAUAUAAAUAAAAAUGCAUAUAGUUUA